AUGCUCGAUAGGAAAGUCACAAGACAAGGCCGCCUGCGAAAACUAACCGGAAGGGCUGGCCGCAGCUCAGUUGUACAGUGCGGGCAGGCCGAGGAGGAGGGAACAUGUUCUGUUCGCAGUAGCGGCGAAGCAGGAGCAGAAGCAGGCAAGUCAGCAGUUGCCAGCAACAGGCGAGGCUGGUUUUAA